UCCCUUGUCCUCCCUCUCUCUCUCUGCAUCUCCUUCGCUCCACCUCAUUCGCCUCUGAUCUCCAUCUCUCGCCCCCUCAUCGCUCUCCUCACCUCUCUGCACAUUGAAACCCUAACCCUAUUUUUCACUCUCUCUCUCCCUCUCCCUGCUUUCCCUCACGCCCUCUUGGCACUUUCCUUUCCUUCUCCGCACCUCUCUGAGCAGAAGCCCUAAUCCCAUCCCUCCCCUCGCUGAAGAAAUCAAGUCAAGGACGACCAAGCGUGAAGGAAGCGGCAAGAACGGGGCCUUUCUCAAUUAGGUUCCUCUUUAGUAGGUCUCUUACUCUAUCUUAAUUAGGGGGAUGGGUUUUGGUAGGAAAGUCUGGGGAAGGCUUUGCUGGAACUUAGUCUGCUUCUUCAUCAUUCUUGUUCUUGAUUGCAGACUGUUCAUUUGAACCCCCAAAUUUGGUUAGGGCUUCAAGAUUUCAACAAAACUGUCUUUCUAUACUGCAACUAGCUCAGGAUCAAGAUGAACAAGGGAGUCAGUGGAGGUGGUCUUGGAGGUGGAGCUGGUGCUGUUGGUGGUUCUGCUGCAGGUCCCACAGCUACAGCAGCAGCAAUUGCCGCUCAGAAACAGAAAACGCUGCUUCAGCGUGUCGACACUGAUAUAAACAACAUGGUGGACAACUUUAAUUUUUUGGUUGAUGUAGCAAGGGUAAGCGAUCAACCAUUCAGAAACUCGCAAGAAGCAUUCCAGAUGGAGAUUCGAGCUGCCAGGGUGGUUCAGGCAGCCGACUCUCUACUAAAGUUAGUUUCAGAGUUGAAACAAACUGCUGUCUUUUCAGACCUCGGAUCACUGAAUCAGAAUGUUGAGCAGAGGAUAUCAAAACUCGACAAUCUCUCUGAAGAAACAAACACUUUGGUUAUGAGGGUUGGAGAGGAGGCAGCUGCAAGCUUGAGAGAGCUUGAGUCCCACUAUUAUUCCUCACUUCAUAGGACAGGUGAUUCACUAGAGUAACAUAUCAAAAUCAUCAAGCUCAAAUGCGACCACAAUUUGUCAAUUUAAAGGACUGCUGGUUCAACAGAGUUGUAUGUGGGAAUUGUAUGUGGACUUCUUGGGCUGUAUUCCAAUCUGUUAUUUGAAGGUUCAAUACGACAUUGCCUAGGAAGCUGGCACAGAGGAUUAAAAGAAGAUGCUCCAUAUACAGCAAACAGGAACAUAGUAACGAAUGGAGAAGUCGUGAAAAUGUGUAUUAAAGUUCUCCUUUAAUUGAUGCUUCGCAAAGGAAUGUAACGACUGCACUUUUUAGCCAGGGGUUGGAUAAAGAUGCAAAAUCAGCAAAUAUCCAAAACGUGGUAGCAUGAAUAUUUCUUGUUCUUGUUAUAUGUAAAAUUGAAGAGGUGCACUGAUGAGUUCAGUCAGCGUGCUUUGGAUUCCUAUGAAAGAUGAAUCCUCUGUGGGUGUAUGAAGAUCGAAGUGGCUAAAAUUGUACCUGGAUACGUCAUCUGAUCCUUGAAUGUUGGAUGUGAAUUGCA